ACCGAAUUCGUGGUUUAGUUCGUAGAGAAACGUUGAACAGAUCAGAUCGCUUGUUUGAAAAAGACACACCUUUCAAAGAGCGAAUUUCAAUUGCCAUUUUUUUGUUUGAUCCAUUGGAGGAUUCCACGUGAAUUUAUUAGUGGUGAAACAGGAUUGUGAACGGAUACAGUUGAAAAGAAAUUUGAACCAUGUCCAAGACUCCAGCCGUCGGUAUCGAUCUGGGCACCACGUACUCCUGCGUGGGAGUGUUCCAGCAUGGCAAGGUGGACAUCAUUGCCAACGAUCAGGGCAACCGUACCACGCCGUCCUAUGUGGCCUUCACCGAUAGCGAGCGUUUGAUCGGCGAUGCCGCCAAGAAUCAGGUGGCCAUGAAUCCAAACAACACCAUUUUCGAUGCCAAACGCUUGAUCGGUCGCAAGUUCGAUGACCCUACCGUGCAGUCGGAUAUGAAGCACUGGCCAUUCGAGGUUAUCAGCGAUGGCGGUAAACCGAAGCUGCAGGUUGAGUACAAGGGCGAGAAGAAGAGCUUCUUUCCCGAGGAAGUCUCGUCGAUGGUCCUGGUCAAAAUGAAGGAAACUGCCGAAGCCUAUCUGGGAAUCAAGAUUGCCAACGCUGUUAUCACCGUACCGGCGUACUUCAACGAUUCGCAGCGUCAGGCUACCAAGGAUGCGGGAGCCAUUUCCGGAUUGAACGUGCUGCGUAUCAUCAACGAACCGACGGCGGCCGCUAUCGCGUACGGUUUGGACAAGAAGGGAGCAGGCGAAAGGAAUGUUCUGAUCUUCGAUUUGGGUGGUGGUACCUUCGAUGUGUCUGUUUUGACUAUUGAGGAGGGCAUUUUUGAGGUGAAGUCUACUGCUGGCGAUACUCAUUUGGGUGGUGAGGAUUUCGACAACCGAAUGGUUAGCCAUUUCGUGGAAGAGUUCAAGAGGAAGCACAAGAAGGACUUGUCGAGCAACAAGCGUGCACUGAGACGUCUGCGCACGGCUUGCGAGCGAGCCAAGCGUACUUUGUCUGCCUCAACCCAGGCCAGCAUUGAGAUCGAUUCUCUGUUUGAGGGAAUCGAUUUCUACACGUCGAUUACCCGAGCCCGUUUCGAGGAGUUGAACUCUGAUCUGUUCCGCGAUACAAUGGAACCGGUUGCGAAGGCUCUGCGUGAUGCCAAGAUGGACAAGGGCAGCAUCCAUGAUAUUGUUCUGGUUGGUGGCUCGACUCGAAUCCCGAAGGUUCAGAAGCUGUUGCAGGACUUCUUCAACGGCAAGGAGCUGAAUAAGUCGAUCAACCCUGAUGAAGCUGUUGCUUAUGGAGCAGCUGUGCAGGCUGCCAUCUUGCAGGGUGAUACGUCGGAAGCAGUUCAGGAUCUGCUGCUUCUGGAUGUCACUCCGCUGUCUCUUGGUAUAGAAACUGCUGGAGGUGUGAUGACUGUCUUGAUUAAACGUAACACCACCAUCCCAACUAAGCAAACCCAGACCUUCACUACGUACUCAGAUAACCAGCCUGGUGUGUUGAUCCAGGUCUUCGAAGGUGAACGUGCUAUGACCAAGGAUAACAACUUGUUGGGCAAGUUCGAGCUGAGCGGAAUUCCUCCAGCGCCGCGAGGAGUCCCGCAGAUUGAAGUUACGUUCGAUAUCGACGCCAACGGAAUCAUGAACGUGUCUGCCAUUGAGAAAUCGACCAACAAGGAGAACCGCAUUACCAUCACCAACGACAAGGGACGCCUCAGCAAGGAAGACAUCGAUCGCAUGGUUAAUGAAGCGGAGAAGUUCCGCAACGAAGAUGAGAAACAACGGGAGAAGAUUUCCGCCAAGAAUUCUCUGGAAUCUUACUGCUUCAACAUGAAAUCUACCAUGGAAGAUGCCAACAUCAAGGACAAAAUCCCUGAAUCGGACAAGACGCUCAUCAUGGACAAGUGUAACGAUACUAUUGCUUGGCUGGAUGGCAACCAGACGGCUGAGAAGGAAGAGUUCGAGCACAAGCAGAAGGAACUGGAAGCCGUGUGCAAUCCGAUCAUCCAGAAGCUGUACCAGGGAGCUGGUGGUAUGCCAGGAGGCAUGCCCGGUGGUAUGCCCGGAGCUGGAGCCCCUCCGCCAACCGGUGGUGCCGGACCGACCAUUGAAGAAGUUGACUAAACUACUCCACCGUCGAGGAUAGUUCUUCAAGAAAAUUUAAAUAAACACUCAGAAAACUA